AGAAUUCUUUUAAACAUUCGGAACAUUUCUGAACUUUACCGGGCACGAACAUUGUUAAAAAUGUCAGCCUCCUUGGUCAACCUUGUGCGACACACUGUCAAUUUUCAAAAGAUCCUGACCUGUGCUGGUGCUUAUGGUGGAACGGUGGUCCAGCAACCUGUUAGGUUUGCCAGUAAUAAACAUUAUGAUCAAAGGGGAAGGAAGGCCAGGAGGAAAAACACAACUAUACCAUUAAUACACAAAAUACUUGACCAUAAAGCACCAGACAUGGACACACCAGAUAAAGUACGGAUGCACAUGAAGCAGCACGGCAUAUUACCCAGGAGAGAAUUCAAUGAUCCGAUUGAUAUCACAUGUACAAACGAGAUAUUUGACCAGUAUUUACCUCCAGAGGGUGAUGGGAAGUCCUCUCUGUUGUCCCUACAAAAAGGUAAAGAUUUGUUUCAAGGAGGUCUGUCUAAAGGCAAGAACUUAAAAGACAGGAGAAAAUUGAAGGAGUACGACACAGCAUACGAUGAGAAAUCAUUCGCAGAGAUGGCCCAGUCACAACUCAUAAAAACCUACACACUUUUACAAGAUGUGAAGUCGAAUGAGGAUGAACUCCAUCAGCUGGUGACUAACCUUGCCUAUCCAAAGUUGGUGUUUGGUUUGGAGUUUAAGACAUUCCGUUGGAAGUUCGUCGAAUCUAUUGAGCCUCCGAGAGUUGUCCAUCUACGAACAAGCAAGAUGUUGUCGCAAGACAAUUUGUAUGCACAAGUGACGGUUCGUUGUCACACAAAACAGAUCUUGGCGAUAUAUGACAGAUUUGGUCGUCUGAUGUACGGCAGUGAAGUGGUACCCAGGGAUGUAUUAGAAUAUGUUGUGUUCGAGAAACACAUCGUGAAUAUGUAUGGAGAAUGGCGACUGCAUAGCAAAAUCACACCGAAAUGGUUGCCACCUCAAGCUCCACAGAUAAACACUCAAAUAAAACCCAUGGUACACGACAGGGAGGAAUUGGAAAAAAAAUUACAACAGUUAGGUAGUGGUGAUAAAAUAGAGGCGGAGGAAACUGACAAGGAUGAAGCUAUAGAGACGAGAUAGAUGAUUGGAACCCGACAAGGAGGAAGUUAUAGAGACGAGAUAGAUGAUUGGAACCCAACAAGGAUGAAGCUAUAGAGACGAGAUAGAUGAUUGGAGCCCGACAAGGAGGAAGUUAUAGAGACGAGAUAGAUGAUUGGAACCUGACAAGGAGGAAGUUAUAGAGACGAGAUAGAUGAUUGGAACCCAACAAGGAGGAAGUUAUAGAGACGAGAUAGAUGAUUGGAACCCGACAAGGAGGAAGUUAAAAUGAUAUAGUGUAUAAUUGUAAAUGAUAAGGAAGAUAAUUUUGACUGACUUCAGUGGACUAGUUGAAUUAAGUUACACAUAGAAUUGGCCAAACAGGAAUUUCAUGCAUCACUUUAUUGAAGCGUUUGGGUAUGGAUGAUGAGUGUUGGAUUUAUACUAUGUGAUAUCAAUGAAAUAAAAUGUAGGAUUUUCC